CCGUGUUCACAAAACUACUUGAGAUUGAUUUUCAGUCUUAAUCUGAGUUUGAUCAUGAAAUUUUGAGAACGAUUUUAAGUUGGUGUUCACGAAAGAAAAUCAAUCUCAGAAAUUGAUUUUCAUCUGAGUUUGAGUUUGAUUUUUCGAGACAGCAUAUUAGCUAUCUCAGAAAUGAUGAUCAAUCUCAGUUUCCAUGUCAACAAAUGGAACCUGUGUAAAGAUGGCGGACAUUGAAAGAAGGUUGAGAAGAAUAAGGAAUAUAAACAGAUUUAUUAGAGUAGACAGAAGAUUUUUUAAAGAUAGGAGCAAUCCGCUAGAGGUUUUAAGCAGAGAUGAGGUUCGCGAGAGGUAUAGGUUCUUUCCCGAGACCAUUGUAUAUAUCUGUGGACUCUUGGAUCUGGCAAGACCAACGCAAAGGUCACAGCCUUUGACAGCACUAUUAACAACUUUGGUUUCUCUACACUACUUUGCCACGAACUGCCACCAUAUAGUGACUGCAGACUUACAUGGAGUUUCCAGAUCCAGUGUCAGCAGAGCAGUGUCUCAGUUUACCGACCAACUAUGCGGGAGAAUGCAAGAUUUUAUUCCUUUUCCUGAAGACAAACAGGCAUGUCAAAGACAGUUUUUUAAUAUUGCAGGAUUUCCAAAUGUAGUCGGGGUAGUGGACGGUACACAGAUCCGGAUUCAAGGGCCGACGGAACAUGAAGAAGAUUACGUAAACAGGAAAGGCUUCCACUCGAUAAAUGUUCAAAUGAUAUGUGACGCAAGAUUCAUGAUUCUGGAUGUUGUUGCAAAAUGGCCCGGAAGUGUGCAUGAUUCAAGGAUAUUCCGAGACAGCGAAGUGGGCGGGCGAUUAGAAAGAGGUGAGAUCGACGGUUUGUUGCUGGGGGACUCUGGAUAUCCUUGCAGAAAAUAUUUGAUGACCCCUUACCAUGCUCCACAAACACAUGCACAGGAAAGAUUCAAUGAAAGUCUUUGUAAGACAAGAGUGGUUGUGGAGCAGUCAUUUGGUGUUAUGAAAAGACGAUUUCCAUGUCUAUCGUAUGGUUUACGUGUGUCACCUCCAAGGGCAUGUAAAAUUACUGUAUCAUGUGUCAUUUUGCAUAACAUCGGUAUACAGAGGAAUGACAUCUAUGCUAGAGUGGUGGAGGUAGCCAAUCAGCAGCCAGAAGUUUUAUACGAUGGGCCAGGAACCGGAAAUCAUUACCGGGAUUUUUUAGCUAAUGCAUUUUUUGCUUAAGAGCAACUGUUAUUUAUACCAGAAAUGAAAAUAACACUAUAUAGCCAUAA